AAAAAAAAUUUCAGAUUCCCAAAACCCUCAAACUUUGGACCCGAAAUUUAAAUUAUCAACAGCCUCUCUCCCUCUGCCUCAUAUUUAUCUCCGUUUUUCCCUCUGCCUCAUAUUUAUCUAUCUCAUUUCUCGCCAUAGAACCCUUAGCAAAACCCUAACCCUAAAAUCUCAAAUCCUUACCAAAUAUGGCCAAAAAGAAACUUACCCAUCCCUCUCAAAACCCCAAACAAGAUACCCCACAAGUGCAUUCCCAGUCCCCAGCCAUGACUCGCCAACAGUCCACCAUGGAAGAACCUGAAGAGAAGCUCCAGAACUUGAAAUCCCUCAACUCUAUCCUUCUUAAAGAGACCCUUGAGCGCAGGCAGCAAGUUGAGUCUUUGAUGCAAGCCAAAGAGGGUUUAGAGACUCAGUUGGCUAGGACUGGUACAGAGAUGGCAUAUUUGGAAAAUCUUUUGACUCGGGCAACUGAGGACAGACUGAGUUUGGAAAUAGAAAAGGGUUUGUUUUGUGUUUUUAUUAAGACAAAGGUGAAUGAGAUGGGGGUUAUUGUAGAGGGCUUGGUAAGAGAGAAGAGAGAGAAAGAGAUUGAGAGUGGGCUCUUGAAGGCUGAGGUGAAUGGGUUACUGGCUAAUCUUGAAAGUGAGAGAGAAAAAUUGAGCAGGGCUUGUGGGGAGAGGGAUUUGUUGAGGUUUGAUCUGGAUAACUGGGAGAAGGAGACAAAUGGGUUGAAAGAGAAAGUGAUUGAAAUGGAGGAGAAGGAAAUAAAGACUGAAGAGGAGAUUAGGAAAUUGAAGGUACGUUAUGCUCAGUCGAUAAAGCAAAAUAAGGAAACAGAGAAAGAAAUUGAGAAGGUUAAAAAUUUAAGAGAUGUAGCUGAGAAGAAAUUGGCAGAGAAAGUAAAAGAGAUUGAAGGUUUAAACGGAGAGAUGGAGGAGAUUGUAAGGAAGAAGGCUGGUAUUGAAAUGGAGAACAGUGGGCAAAAGGUUAAGAUUACUGAGUUGGAAAAAGAUGCGUCUGAAUUGAAUGAGAUUAUAUCAACUUUGCGAAAGGAGGAGGGUGUUUUGCGUGAAAAAGUCUUGGAGUUGGAGAAGAGUUUUCAUGAGGCAAUAGAGAAAGCAAAGGUGAUAGCAAUGGAGUUUGAUGCUUUGAUGGAAGAGAAGCAAAUUAAGGAAAGAACUAUUGAGAGUUUAAUGGAGCAAAUGGAUUCAAGCGAAAAGCUUAUAAAGACUUUGAAUAUUGAGAUGAAAGACAAGGAUGAGUUGAUUGAGAAAUUGAUGAGAGAGAAAAUAGAGAUUGAUGAUGUGAAAAUUAGUAAGGAGAGGGAAAUUGUGGAGUUGCAUGAGGAGUUGGCUGGAUUAAGGGAUGCCAUGUUUGCAAUGCAAGAAUCCAUCAAAAACCAAGAAGGCAAGAACAAGCAACUAGCAUCUGAAGUUAGCCAUUACAGAGAUGCUUUUGAGCGAGUGAGACUUGAUAGGGACAAUGCCCAGAUUGAUUUGGAUGAGGAGAAAAAGAAUACCAUUAACCUCAGGUCUAAAGUUCUGGAAAUGAAGAAGAGGAUUGAAGAGACUGUAGAAGAGUUUGUGAAGAUGAAGAAUGAGCGUGAUAAUCUGUUUGAGGAAAAGAAGGAAAUGGAAUGCCAUGUUGGUUUGUUGAAGAAGGAAAAGGACCUGGUGCAAAGGAAUCUUUGUGAGGCUCAACAAGAAAUUGAUGAUUUGAGGACUAAAAUGGAAUCAACUAGUAGUAACUCAGAAAGAGCACUGUCCAUGUUGAAGAACACUGCAGCAUUGAUACGUAGAUCAAAUGAUGGAAAGGAAGAAGUAUCCAUUACUGAAAAGAAACGUGAUGAUGUAACUGAACCAUAUGCAACAGAGCUUGAAUUUAUUAAAAACGCAUUUAGAAACAAGGAGACAGUGGUUGAGGAGAUGAAGCAGCAUGUGAAAUUCCUGCAGAAUUCUCUGGCAGAUGCACAUAAGAAGAAGGGCUUAUGGGCUAUAGUGUCUUCAGCAACAACAUUUUUGGCUGCAGCAUCCGUUGCUUAUAUUGCUAGAGCAGGUUGAGCAUUUUCGUUUAUUUGUCAACCUUUAGUUUCUGGGCAAGGUGCUCUUGCUACAGCAUUAAGUAUUACCUAAUCAAGUACUAAUUGAGGGCAAACCCAUAUUAUUCUGGUAGUUGCUCUACUUUGGCUUAUGAUAUUAAUGUUUUUCAAUUGACGUUGCAACCUCAGAAAAGGUUUUAAUUGUUGUUUUAUUAUGAUCCAGUAUUCUAUGUUAUAGCUAUAUUUUGGGGUAA